AUGCCAGACAGAUAGUUUAAAUCAAUCCUGACUCUUAAGACAACUAGAAAAGCUAGACAAAAUAUUUUAAAAAGUUGCUUCAAAGGCAUUCAGAAAACUAAGAAAGUAAUAAAGAAUUACCAAGUAGAGAUCUGGAAAAAGGCAUAAAUCCAGAGAGGUAAGACAUUUGGUUACGUACGGGACCAAUUUUCUCCUAAAGACAUUCAUGAAUAUCAAAAGAGGGGGCUGAGAGGUUGACCAGCCCUCUUGAUAGAAGCUAAAAAAAGUUGGGGUUCAUGACUUGCCAAAGAUGAGUUGAGUGCUGGUAAGCUUCUGCUCAUUGGUUUGGGACCCCCAAAGGUUGCAUCUAUGUAAGAGUAAAGGUGAACUGGAAAUAGAAUGUCCUGGAAGGGACUACAGCCUGUCUUCAAGUCAUUUCAAUCUCUGAAAUUUAAAUAAGGUAGUCCCAAGCAUCUGGCAAAAGCAACCCUCUUUAGGCUAAGAUAACAUUAUGUAGAACUUUAAACUACUGCAAACUGUCUUUCAAAUAUAAUACAUGGCUCACAACCAAAAAUAACUAGGCAUAUGAGGAGACAUAACAAAAUGAAUGAGAACCAGCAGAAAGAGCAAAAAAUAAAAACAGACCCUCAGGUUCUCCAGACACUGGCUUUAUCAGACCAAACUUUAAAAUAACUAUUCUAAAAAAUAAAACAAUGCUAACUGUUCAAGAACAUAAAAGACUAGAUUAAAAAUUUUGGCAGAGAACUGUGAAUUAUAAAAAGGGAUGUAGCAGAGUUGAUAAAGCACAAAAAGAAAAUUCUAGGAAUGAAAAAUAAAAAACACAGCAGAUGAAUUAACAGCAGAUUCAGUAAAGCUAAACAAAGAAUAAAUGAACUAGAAUAUAGGUCAGAAGAAACAACCUAGACUAAAUCACAAAGAGAAGAAAUAAAAUACCCCAAAAAGUAUAAGUGACAUGAGGAUAUAGUGAAUAGAUAUCACCUGUGUGUUUGGAAUCCUAGAGAAGAGACAGAGAAUGGGGUAGAACCAGUAUUUGAAGAGAUAAUGGAUUGAAAUUUUUCUAAAACUGACAAAUUAAGCCACAGAUUGAAGAAGUCCCCCAAACCAAAGCAGAAUGAAUACAAAGAAAACACUAUCUAAGCACAUCAUAGUAAAAGUGCUUCAGAUGAAAGACAAAGAAAAAAAUCUUAAAGCAGCCAGGAAAAAAAAAAAUCGAUUACUUUCAAAAGAGAACAAUUAAACUGACAGUAGAUUCUCAGUGGAAACAAUGGAAGCAGGAAACCAUGGAAUGACAUAUUCAAAGCACUGAAAGAUAAUAAUUGGUACAUCUAGAAUUCUAUACCUAGCAGAAAUACCCUUCAAAAAUGAAGAAGAAAUAAGCAUUUUUCAGCUAUUCCUCCCUUUAAAAAAGGUACUAAGAGAAUUACCAGGAGACCCACACUAAAUGAAAUUCUAAAGAAUAUUAUUCAAACAGAAGGAAAAUACCAGACGGAAGCUUGGAGAGUCAGGAAGAAAUAAAGAGUACAAAUAGUAGAAAAUAUGUGGGUAAAUCAAGUGAAUUUAGACCUUAUUAAACAAUAAUAAUUUUUGUUGGAUUUAAAAGACAGAAUUAAAAUAUAUGACAAUAAUAGUCGGCAGUGGGAUGGAGUUAAAGUGUGUGAGGACGCUAUAUUUGGGGAGAGGAGAAAAGUACCUGUUAACAUUAUACUUUGAUAAGUAAGAGAUGCAUGGUGUAAGAGUAAUUUUCAAGAAAGGAGGGCUUUUUAAAAAGUAUGUAACCUUUAAGUUAUAGAAAAAAUGGCAUGAUAAAAAAAAUAACCUAGAAGGCAAGAAAGGAGGGAAGGUACCUAUAACACUAGGACAAAUAGAAUAAAUUAUGUUGGUAAAUUUAUCAGCAACUUCAUUAAAUGUAAAUGAAUAAAAGACAGAUUGUCAGGUAAGAUUUUUUAAAAAACAUUUUAUGAUGGUUUAUAAGAGACAGAUCUAAAACAUAAAGAUACAGAAAAUUUGAAAGUAAAAGGAGAAUAAAUAUAUAGUCCAAAUACUAACCAAAGAAAAGCUGUUGUAGAUAGAUUAAUAUUAACAUGAAAUAAACGCUAAAACAAAAAUAAGAUGGGGAAUUCCCUGGCAGCCCAGUAGUUAGGACUUCACGCUUUCACUGCUGAGGAUGCAGGUUCAAUCCCUGGUCGAGGAACUAAGAUCCUGCAUGCCACAUGGAGCAGCCAAAAAUUAAAAUAAAAUAAAAUGAAAUGAAAUACCCAUGGGUCAUAUAUCCCAAUGAAAAUUUCAAAAUAUUUUGAACUGAAUGAAAAUAAAAAGCAGUACAUAUUAAAACUUGAGGGCAGGCAGUGCACCAGGCAGGUCUGGGUUUGGGGCUGGAACCAGAACCUCAGCAGAUGUUCACUGGUUGACAGCAGAGGAGAGGAACCGAGUUAUACUUGACCUUAAAGCAGCAGGAUGGUCAGAAUUAAGUGAGAGAGGUGCCAUCUACAAGGAGUUCUCUUUCAAAUAUUGUAAUCAGGCAUCUGGCUUUAUGUCUCAAGUUACUCUACAAGCAGAGAAGAUGAAUCAUCACCCAGAAUGGUUCAGUGUGUACAACAAGGUCCAUACGCCCCUCACCUCACAUGUCUGUGGGGGACUGACCAAAAGGGAUGUGAAACUAGCCAAGUUUGUUGAAAAAGCAACUGUUUCUAUGUGAUUUCUUCCAAAUGUAUGUAAAAUUUUAUACACAUCUUAGCUGCCAUGUAUUUUGAAGGCAAUUUACAUGAACAAAUUAAGUUGUAAAUUUAGUUUACCUUUGUACCACAUUUUGUAAAAUCAGUGCUUAAAUACAAAAUGAUAUAAAUUGAAAGAAAAAAAUAGAACAACAAAACUUGAGGGAUGCAUCUAAAGCCAUGCAUAGAGGAAAAUUUAUAGCCUUAAAUGCAUAAAUUGGAAAAGAAGAAAGGAGAAAAAUCAACAUCUAUCUCAGGAAGUUAAGGGGAAAAAAAUGGAUAGCACAUUAAACCUAAAGAAAGGAGGUGGAAUGAAAUAAAAUGUUAAGAGCAGCAUAAGAAAACAAAGUAAAAUAUAGGGAAUUCCCUGGUGGUCCAGUGGUUAGGACUCCACGCUUUCACAGCUGAGGGCCCAGGUUCGAUCCCUGGUCAGGGAACUAAGAUCCCACAAGCUGUGCGGUGCAGCCCCCAAAAAUAAAUAAAUAAAUAAAAUAUAGUAUAGAGGAGCAGUAAAACCAGAAUGUCCUCUUUUCAAGAGACUAAUAAAAUUGAUAAAUCCCUGGCAAGACUUAUGAAGUAAAAAAGAUAAGACAAAAAUAACCAAUGACAGAACUGAAAAAGGAGACAUCACUAUAAAUCCUAUAGAUACUAAGAAAAAUAACAAGAAUAAAUUUAUACCAGUAUAAUUUAAAACUUAGAUGAUAUGGGUAGAUUUCUAGAAGAAUAUAACUUACUCAAAUAAAAUGUUUGGGGCUUCCCUGGUGGCGCAGUGGUUGAGAAUCUGCCUGCUAAUGCAGGAGACACGGGUUCGAGCCCUGGUCUGGGAAGAUCCCACAUGCCACGGAGCAGCUGGGCCCGUGAGCCACAGCUGCUGAGCCUGCGCGUCUGGAGCCUGUGCCCCGCAACGGGAGGGGCCGCGAUAGUGAAAGGCCCGCGCACCGCGAUGAAGAGCGGUCCCUGCACCGCGAUGAAGAGUGGCCCCCACUUGCCGCAACUAGAGAAAGCCCUCGCACGAACCGAAGACCCAGCACAGCCAAAAAUAAAUAAAUAAAUAAAUAAAUAAAUAAAAAAUAAAAUGUUUGAAGAUUUAACAUUCAAAAUUCAUUCAGCAUAUACUAAUGUAAUAUAUUAAUAAUAGUGGAAACUGGGAGAGGGGUACUAGGGAGUUCUCUAUGCUAUCUUAACGUUUCUAUACAUCUAAAACUAUUCUAAAAUAAAAAAAUUUUAUUUAAAAACUCAGUCAAUUAGUAUAAUUCACUACAUUAAGAAAAAAAUGGAGAAAAAUCAUUACCUCAUCAGAUGUAGAAACAGCAUUGGAUAAGAUUCAUGUUUCAUUUACAGUAGAUCUCUUAAACUAGGCUUAGAAAGGAAUUCUUUAAUCUGACAAACAAACAUAUCUGUGAAAAUCUAUAACGAACAUCAUAUGUGAAAUAUUGAAAGCUUUCCUUAGUGACUGGGAAUAGACAAACAUGCCAGCUAUCCAUACUUCUUUACAAUAUCAUAUUAGAAGUUAUAGCCAGUACAAUAAGGCAAGAAAAAGAAAUGCAAGGUAUAAAGAUUGGGAAGGAAGAAACAAAACGAUCAUCAUUUAUAGACAAUAUGAUUGUGUAUAGAGGAAAUUUAAAAGAGUCUAUAGAUUAUUUAUGUGAAUCAAUAAGCAGAUGCAACAGAGCUGCUGGAUACAAAGUCAAAAAGCAAAAAUCAUUUGUAUUUCUAUUUACCAGCAACAAACAAAAUGAAAUUUUUAAAAAGAUGCCAUUGACAAUGUCAUUCCUAACAAUAAAUCUAACAGAUGAUGUGUGAUACCUCUAAGCAACAAACUGUAAAACAUUAUUAGAAAAAUUAAAGGACAUCUAAAUAAGUAGAAAGAAAUAACAUGUUCAUAGAUUAUUGGAAGACUCAAUAUUAUAAAGAUAUGUUAUUCCCAAAUUGAUCUACAGAUUCAAUACAAAGUCAAAUAUUAACAGACAAUUUGACCCUAAAACUUAUAUGGAAAUACUAAGGAUAGUUUCUGAAAUUCACAUGGAAAUAGUUAAAGUCUUACAGAAACAUAAGGUGAGAGAACUUGUUCUAUAGGAUAUCAAGAUUUAUUACAAAGCUAAAUUAACUAGAAUUGUUAGUGCAAGUACAGACAAGCAAUGAAACAGAACAGAGAAUCCAGAAAUAGAUCCACAUAUAUACGGACACUUGAUUUACACUAGAGGUGGCACUGCAGAGUAAUAGGAAAAUGAUGGUAUUGGUAUGGUUUGGGGAUAUCUAUUUGAGAAAAAAAUUAAACCUGACCCCUAUCAUAUUCCAAACAAAAAUAAAUUCCAGAUGGAUUAAUACAUUCAAAUAUGAUAGGCAAAACAAUAAAGCUUCUAGUAUUUAUAAUAUAGAAUGUGUUCAUGACCUUGAGAUAGAGGAAAAUUUCUUGAACAGGACCCAAAAAGCACUAACGAUACGGGAAACUAUUGGACUACAUUAAAAACUUAGAACUUGUAUUUAUCAAAAGACUCUAUUUAAAGAGUGUGAAGGGAUUUCCCUGGCAGUCCAGUGGUUAAGACUCUGUGCUUCCACUGCAGGGGGCAUGGGUUUGAUCCCUGGUCAGGAAACUAAGACCCCGCAUGCAGCGGGGUGGAAAAAAAUAAAUAAAAUUAGAUUAAAAUUUUAAAAAAGAGUGUGAAAAGACAAGCUACAGAGUGGGAGAGGAUAUUUGCUACAUAACCAAAAAAUGGCUCAUGCAGAAUAUAUAAAGAACUACAGAUCAGUGAGAUGAGACUUGAAUGAGCACUUCACAAAUGAGGAUAUCCAAAUGGCCAGUAAAAAUAUGAAAAGUUGGGCUUCCCUGGUGGCGCAGUGGUUGAGAAUCUGCCUGCCAAUGCAGGGGACACGGGUUCGAGCCCUGGUCUGGGAAAAUCCCACAUGCCACGGAGCAACUGGGCCCGUGAGCCACAAUUACUGAGCCUGCGCGUCUGGAGCCUGUGCUCCGCAACAAGAGAGGCCGCGAUGGUGAGAGGCCCGCGCACCGUGAUGAAGAGUGGCCCCCACUUGCCGCAACUAGAGAAAGCCCUCGCACAGAAAUGAAGACUCAACACAGUCAUGAAUAAAUAAAUAAAUAAAUAAAUAAAAGAACAUGAAUUUCUAAAAAAAAAAAAAAAAAAGGAAAAACCAUUCACUAAAAAAAGUUUAAAAAAAAAAUAUGAAAAGUUAUUCAACCACAUUAGUCAUCAUGAAAAUGCAAAUUAAAACCACAAUGGAUGAUUCUACACACCUACCAAAUUGGCUAAAAGUGAAGAUGAAUAACAUCAAGUGUUGGCCAGAAUGUGUAGCAACAGGAAUGCUCAUAUAUUGAAGUGUAAAUUGGUACAUCCACUUUAAUAGAUAAUGCUAAACUGUUAUCCAGAGUUGAACAUAUACAUACCCUAUUAACUGAGCAUUCUAAUUAUAGGAAUGUACUUAAGAGAAAUAUGUGCAGCAAAGAGAAAUGCACUGGAAUAUUCACAGCAGCUGAAUUCAACAUAGCCAAAAAUUGGAAUCAGCCCAAAUGACCACUGACAGUAGAAAGGAUAAAUAAGUUGUGGCAUAUUCAUAUAGUGGAAUUGUAUACAAUAAUGACAGUGAACUACAGGAACAGGGAAAACAUGGAUGCGUCUUACAAACAUAAUGUUGAGCAAAAGAAGCCAGACACAAAAAUAAAUUAUUUGAUUGUUCCAAUUACAUAAAAUUAAAAAAAAAUUAAAACUUGUGGAUACACGCUUAAAUGAUAAAACUAUAAAGAAGAGCAAGAAAGUGAUUUCAAUAGAAGUCAAGAGAAUGAUUUUCUUUGGGAAGAGGGAGACUCUAAUUAUGAGGAAGUGCCCAAGGUGGGGAAUCUGGGGUGCUGGCAGGGUUCUGUUUAUUGUCCUGACUGGUUAUAUGGCCAUUUGCUUUUAAUAAAUCAUUGAGUUAUACAUUUGUGUACUUUUCUGUAUGUUUAUCAUACUUCACGAUAAAAGAGAUUUUUACAAAUUUAUAAGCCUACAAAAAUGUGGAGAUUUCUGUAGGGAUUUUGGAAGCUGGAAAACAAAUGAAUUAGUAUUACUGACUUGGCUGAUUCAAGAAAGCUAAAGCCCGGUUUAGUAAUGGGGAAUACCGAGUUCCAGUACAGAAUCCUCAAAAAGCAAAGGAAUUGGUAGCCUACACCAGUUGCUAGAAUUGGGGACCUUGAGUUGAGGGGAGGAGGGAGAUGGGGGCUGAGCUAAAAUGAGUAGGUAAAAGCUGUUUGAAAGGCAGCUAAAGUCCUAGCUGCCUCUUAUCCAAGACUGGAGGCUAACCUCUAAAAAGCGUAAACCAAAGAAUUUCUGGACCAGGAUACAACUGAGGGCAUCGAUACUUUGCCAAAAACAGGUGAAUUAAGUGACCAUAUGCAUCCUCAGUACUGAUACAGAGAAUUCCCUAACAAAGACCCACCCUGGUCAUUCUGUGUAUGUAAAGCUCCAAGUCAGCAGCCCACCUACCAACUCUGAAAGCUUUCUAGUUCCUCAUUCUUAUUGAGGAGCAGGCACCAAGGAUUACAGGACUCCUCGGGAAAGUCUCUAAGAGAGACAACAACAAAAACAGCAAAAAGCAACUCAAAUGAACUUGAGAUUCUGAAGAAAAUAUAAAACUUAAAAAUGGAAAAACUGUAAUAUCUCUAGAAAGAUAUGAGAAGAUAUUGAAUCCAUUAUAUAAAAACAUGAUGCUCUUAUUAAGAGAUUUGUAAGCUGUUCAUUCUGUCCUUUGUUUUUAUUCAUUGUUUUCAGCAUUAUUUGUUCCACAAAUAGUAUCUUUUUCUUUGUCUAAUUUUAUUUUCAUGAUCUAUGGGGAUAGAGUAUGUUGGAAAAUAAUAGAUGUGAAUUAAUGUAAAACUUUUAAGAAAUAGAAAAACUGGCAAGAAAUCUGUAAUUUAAUAUUCUGUCAUGAUACCAAGGAUGUCUCUUCUGAGCUGAUAAAGAUAAAAGCCUGCUUCUCUCAUUGCAUUUUGCUUUGAUUUUUUCUUUUCUCUCUUCCAUGCAAACUUAAAUUUCUCUUCCCAUAUUUCUAUUUUCAUCUCCUUGUUUCUUGGUGUCUCUU